CUGGUAUCCACUGCUGUGAGUACAUUUAACCAGGGACGUUUAAAAAGCUUAUUAGUAGUCGGCGGUACAUUUUUCUGCUUAACGGUUGUGCCAGACUAGGGGCAGGAGGCUCUCCCGGAACUCUGCAGCCGCAUCGGCUCUGAUCAUUUCAACAUCGGGGUUCGGUCCAACAUGGCGGCUUACGGAUGGAAAUACUGAUGACAGUCCGAAAGAUCGCCUCGAUUUGUACGAUGGGCGCCAAUGCCUCUGCCUUGGAAAAGGAGAUUGGACCGGAACAGUUUCCCGUUAAUGAACACUACUUUGGGUUGGUCAACUUUGGCAACACCUGCUACUGUAACUCGGUGCUGCAGGCUCUGUAUUUCUGUCGACCGUUCAGGGAGAAGGUGUUGGCAUACAAGGUGCAGCCACGUCGUAAGGAGUCUCUCCUCACCUGUCUAGCUGACCUGUUCAACAGCAUCGCCACGCAGAAGAAGAAGGUCGGAGUCAUCCCUCCAAAGAAAUUCAUCUCGCGGCUGAGAAAAGAAAAUGAGCUGUUUGACAACUACAUGCAGCAGGACGCCCAUGAAUUCCUCAACUACCUCCUCAACACCAUCGCAGACCUGCUGCAGGAGGAGAAGAGCCAGGAGCGACAGCAGAAUGGAAAACUGGUGCAGAAUGGCGGAGGAGGUGGAGGAGGUGGAAGUGACGGGGGAGGGGGAGGAGGAGACGGGGAAGGAGGGAAGGAGACACAACAGACUUGGGUCCACGAGAUCUUCCAGGGAACGCUGACCAACGAGACGCGCUGCCUCAACUGUGAAGCUGUGAGCAGUAAAGACGAGGACUUCCUGGAUCUGUCGGUGGAUGUGGAGCAGAACACCUCCAUCACGCACUGUCUCAGGGGCUUCAGCAACACAGAGACGUUAUGUAGUGAAUACAAAUACUACUGUGAGCAGUGUCGCAGCAAACAGGAAGCCCAGAAAAGGAUGAGAGUAAAGAAGCUGCCGAUGAUCCUCGCCCUCCACCUGAAGCGCUUUAAAUACAUGGACCAGCUGCACCGCUACACCAAACUGUCCUAUCGCGUCGUCUUCCCCCUGGAGCUCCGCCUCUUCAACACGUCAGGGGACGCCACCAACCCCGACCGCAUGUACGACCUGGUGGCUGUCGUCGUACACUGUGGCAGUGGUCCCAACCGGGGACACUACAUCACCAUCGUCAAGAGCCACGGCUUCUGGCUGCUGUUUGAUGACGACAUCGUAGAGAAAAUUGACGCGCAGGCGAUCGAGGAGUUCUACGGUCUGACGUCAGACAUUUCCAAGAACUCUGAGUCAGGAUACAUCCUGUUCUACCAGUCCAGAGACUGACCCAGCCAGCGGGAAAUCCCCAGCAGACUGUCACUCAGCAGAGGGGGAGGCGCUUAUGGCCGCCACCGGCUCCGCCCGGUACGCUCACACAAGUAUCCAGGCUUUAUUCCCUGUAGGCGGAGCUUUGCACUGGAGCACCACUCGGAUCGGUUGGGACUGGUUCAGGGUCGCAGCCUCCUGGAUUACGACCAUUCAAACCCUCUGAGCCCACACUGCGAAAAGCACCUUAACAAAACAAGAUGGCCGAGUCUGUAACACUCGCUUUGCACUGGGGCAUCAGCUGGGAGUUACGCCGAUCCAAGAGGCUGACAUCACCAUGUGCACAGCGGCUCUUUUCGGAGGGUAUGGCAGUUUGGGAAUGUUGAGACGAUGCAGAGUAACUAAUCAACUGUUUUGGAUGAGACAACUUCUGAUUGUAAUCCACCUCGUCACGGUAACCAUUAAGUGUCAUCACAGUUUUCUUUAGAGUUUUUUUGUGUGUGUGUGUGUGCGCGCGCAUAUUAUAACGUGCUAAAUUAGCGUAACGCUAACACACAGGUACCUUGCGUUCACCCCAAACAAACCCCCCACCAACACCACCAAAACAUGUCAGAGAAACUAACAUCUGGCUGUUAGAAGUCUCACUUGUCACAACAAAACCACUGACGCAGGCUUUAGCGAUUGAAUAGCUUGGACGUGGAGCGCGGUGCGUGAUGCAGUUACUAGUUUGCAGUGUUUGUAUCAUGUAUCUAUGCUAAUGACAUAGUGUUAAAGGUAUAGCAUGAAAACCAGCUAUCAGAGAGAUGCUGGUGAAUCUGUUGGACGGGCUCAUUGUUGGGAAAACCAUUUAAAGAGGGUUUUUUGCUGUAAAUAUCAGCGAUCUGUGUCUUAAAGCAGAAACAUGAAGUCUGGGUGAACAUCAGUUUGUCCUGUUGAUGUUUUUUUUCAGCAGAAACUGGUAAACCCCAAAAAGGACGAGCCUUACAGAUCACCAACAACCCUCUCCCACUUUCAAAAAGGCCAGCUGGCUGAGUGAAAGUGGCUGGUAAGAGUUUUAGUUUUAAAGUUACUGGCGUGUGUCGUGCCAUUACGGGUCAUGUUUGCUGCCACAGCUGAAAAAGUCAACUGAAGGAAGGACACCGAACGAAAAGCGGUGAGGUGUUCAAAGUUAAACAGCAUAAGCUAACAAGUCAACCUAAAUCACACAGUUUCUUUUGUGGUUUGCCUUCAAAGAUUGGUGUCGUUUUAACCUUUUUUGACUUGUUUUAAGAUGCCAGAAUUUGCACAUUUGUGCCAUUUUAAAAAGGAACAGAUGUGUUUUUCUUUUAAGUCAGUUCUGACAUCCAAACUGCCACACUACGUACAGGUUGAAUGUUUGUGUUUAGUGUGUCUUAUCCUUUUGUUCCUCGUUUAUUAAAGCUUUAUUUCUGGACAGCAAACUAACACAGACCUCGCUGCAGCUGGUUCAGCACUCAUAAUAUCAGCCACCAGUCCCACGCUGGCAAAUUUUGACUCUGGCUUAAGUGUUUCUCCUGCAGCUGCAGCUCUGGCAGGCUGUCAGACAUUUUACAUAACAUGUUUUUCACUCCAGAAUCUUAAAUUGGAGCCCUCACUAAUGCUGAGUGAUGCUAACGGGCUGCUGAUGUGGAGCGCGCCCACUGUCAGUCAGCGAAUGGCGUAUUAAAUACAGUCAGACUGUUGUUUGUCUCAGCCGUUUAAAAUGGAUUCCUCUCCUCUGUAUCCCUCAAAAUCUCAUUUAGAACAACGGAAAAAAGUUCAGGAUGGAAACAACUUAUGAUUUAAUUUUGACUCAUCCAGUUUUAAGAAGCGUUUUAUUUUAAGAAAAGGAAUUUAAUGCAGCUGCUUCUCCAAUUUGAACCUGCCUUUCUCCAUUUUGUAUUAUUGUAAAUUCAAACCUUCAGUCAUUGAUUUUUCAAUUGUUGUCUUCCUCGGCUCUAGACAUGCUGAAGAUAAACAACAAAUAUAUGAAAUUAAAGAAUCAGUAAUGUCCCCAAUACGGCUGGAACUAACAUUUUAUUUUUUUUAUAAUCGUUCUUUCGACAUAAGAUUUAGUCUAUAAAAUGUCAGAAAACAAAACAUCUUGACUUCUCAGAGCCAAAGGGAUGUUUUCAAAUAGCUCGUUCUGUCCUACAAAACGGUGCAUAACUUAAAAAAUUUUAAUUUUACAGUGAUAGACAACAGACAAAACAUCCUCACAUUUGAGAAGCUGCAGUCAGUAAAUGUUUGGCAUUUUUGCAAGUAGUUUUCUGACGAUCAUGUCAGCUCUAAUCUCUGUGUUUGCGAGGAAGAGCCAUGUUUCUCCAUUUUGAUCAUCAGAAUCACCUCAAAAGAUCAAACAUUAACAUCUGUGGUAUUAUCCUCACACUCUGGAGGUAAAAGAGUGGAGUUAAUGCUUUUUAACUGGACAAACAGGAGCCAUUUUAAAGCCUGGUCAUGGGCAACAACCUUCCUUUUCUCCUUUUGUUGUUUUUCUUUAACGCACAAACAAACCAAAUGUAGGUUGUUGGGUUUUUUCAGUUUAAUCUUGUUUUUUUCUGAAGUAUGUUUUACACUGCCGAGCUCGUGAGGCUCCACCUGACUGGGCUGUCCCAGAUUAACAAGCAAUGCCGCACGUGAGUCUUUGUAACAGAGCUGCAGCAGAUGGAAAGUGAAUGGAAACAUGUUCUCUGUAGCCUUUAAAGGUGUUUAUAUUCUGCAGUAGUUGAGUGGCCUGGGCAGUGGGUCAAAUAUUAUCUGAAUGUUAAAAUGUACAGUAAAAUAAAAACAGGGCUGCUGCUUGACCUAUAAACACCAGCUUGAGUUGGUCACGUCUCAAUAAUCUGAAGUUGCUCUCUCUCUCUCGCUAAAACCAGAAAAGCACUUUUAACGACUUUACUAUAUUCUGAAUUUCUUUAUCUCCUUUUUAAGCCCUUCUAUUUGAUUCAGCUCUGAUUCAGGUUGGACAUUCCAGGGUUUGCUGACACUGUUGAACUGUUACAAAAUAAUCUACAAGGAAUAUGAGCUUGCAUGUAUUUGAAUGGCCACCACAGCACUUUGCCAGUUCAACAGAGGCCUCUGUGUUAGCAUACAGGGCUAAAGUUGCCCUUAAAACAGCCUUAGCCCUGAUCCUGAUCCAGGACCAGGUCUUGCGAUGCAUCGUGGCACUGCGUUGCUCUCUCCUGAAACUCCUGAGACAUUUCAGUCUCUGAGCAGUUCAUACAAAUUUGUCAUGUUAAGAAUGUAAAGUACAUACAUGGUGAAUGAAAGGCUUCUCAGCAACUAGGGCUGAACAAUUAAAAAAAAAAACAAAAAAAAAAAACAUUGCAAAUGCGAUGUGAUUUGUGAUAUUGGAGGGAAUGACAGUUUUUACAUAAUUAGUCUUAUUUUAAGUGAAAAACAUUGAAAUGUUUAUGGUAUGAUUUUUACAGAGCGCUGUACCGAACAAAGAUCUUUCCUCAAGUAUGUAGAGGAUGAAUAUGUAGGCCAGGACCUCUCUCUGCCACAUGACAAUAUUUAAGUUUUUUUAUUUUUGCCUUUAACAAAUAUUGCACCUGUAUUGUUGUCCAUAUUGCAUAUUUCAAUUAAUUGUUCAGCCCUAUUAGCAAUUGCAAAAGACAUUUACAUUAAGCGGGAGCAUAGGCACAAAAAUGAUGAUUUGCUCUGACCUAAGAAGUUCUCUGGAAGCACUGAGCUGCUGUGCCCCAUUCUAGUCACUGAGCAGGGAAGACAUCCUGCGCCACCUUUGGUUAACAUGGUUUGAAAUGACUAAUGGAUACAACCUUUCUUGUUCAGGGCAAUGACGCACAAUAAGGUAUUUAUAAAACACUGCCAGCAAACCCAGACAUAUCCAAACUCAUAAUAUGUCAAAUUUUAAAGUAGAAGUUAAAAUCUGUUUAUUAAAGCCACAGAAGUGUUUAUAAAAGUUCUUGAACGUCUAACUUGGCUUAAAAGUUUUCAAAAUAAAGGAAAGGGAGCGACUUCAGAUGACGUGACAUGACACUUCCCUUCACGCACUGGGUUGAGGCUUCAAAGUCAGAACACUAUUUCCUUUUUUCUUCUCCUGUAUGGGCUGCUCUUAAACUCAACUCAUCUAGAUGAAAGGAAGUUCUUUAUGCGCCUUGGCUAAUCUGUUUUCGGGGGCGAUCCACUUUGUAUUUGUUUUUUUUCUACAAUAUUUGUCAGAAAAAGUAGUUUGUUGUUGCACAUAACUUGAAACGCAGGUUAUAUCCAGAUGCCAAAUAGAAACUGUGGACUCCUGUACGAGUUGCUUUCAUUUGUACAAAAUUAGUGUUCACAGCUUUUUAAAGAAGAAUUUCCAUUUACUCAUUGUAUAAAUGAACAAAAACAAGCACAUAACGCAUUAUUUUGGGGAUAAAAGUCCACAGAUUCAGUUUGGAACUGUUUAUGAUUCUGUCUUUUAAUUAAAUGCAGUUUAAUGGAAAUAACUGGUCCUCAAAACUGUAAAUGUGUCUGUCAUCAACAAGGCUCUUUUUUAAUUUAAAUACUAUUAAUAUUAUUGUUAUGAAUGUUUAACUUCUUUUUGUUAGAUGUUUCACUUGUUUUUGAUAUAUUUCACUAAUUUUACUAGUCUACCAUUCUUGUGUAGGCAGCUUCGGAUAUUUGAAGAUAUUUUUGUUUUGAUUUGGGAGGAUGUGACGAGAGAUGUUGACGUGUACAUAAAUACAGAUGUUAUUAUUGGAAUAUAAAUAUUUGCUUGCUUGAAAUAAUCAGCGGACCUACAGUAGGUUUGAAAAUCUCAAAACACUUCUGGUAAUGAAUCAGUAAACCUGGUGCUUAAAACGAAGCCCCACCCAUCUGGCGUCCCAGGCAGCCUAAAACAAACAACCCCAAUGUAAAUGAGCUCAUCUGAAAGGUCACAAUAUAAAACACAGAAAACUGUCUGAUUUCAUGAAUCUGUUGUAGAAGCUCUCCGUACAUUAAACUGCUGCGCAGUUAAAAGGAAAAAUCCACUUUAAAGUACAUUAACACAAAAAAUAAGCCAUUGGUGAGUUGUUCCUUUGUCUCUCAACCUCAGUUUUAUAAUUAAUUUUUUUCCUGUGAAUAACCAGUCAAAGGUAAACGAUAUGGUCAACACCUUAAGACGUUUUGUUGAUUAUCACAAUGUUGAGGAGCGCUAGAACACUUUGCUUCCACCCAAAAAUUAUUUCAGGUUAAAGUAUUUCACUAUCAACCUUCAGGUGUUUUUUAUAAAGUUUAAACAACUUGGAAACUUUCCUUUUAAAUAUCAGAGUUUUGUACGGAUUUUUUUAAUAACACCAACAAACUGCCCAGAUAAAUGCCGAUAAUAGCUUACUGCAGAUGUAUUGGUAUUGUGUAUAUUGUAUGUCCAAGUAAUACAAAACUGCAGUACAGAAUAGAUAAGUCCCUCCCCUUCCGGUGGACCACCAAGUGACUUUAUGUCGUAAUAAUUAAGGACAGUAGUCAACGGAGAGAGACGACACAUUUAUUUUUUUUUAUACUGUUUGAUUGUGUCCCGAAUCACAUAUAUGAUGUUUGUCCAUUUAAAAUAUUUCGUAUGUCAAGGAAGUCACUGUUCAAGUAAAAGACUGUGAGAAUAUACAAUUCUAAAUAACACAAACUUAGAAGUCGCAUGUGACGUCAUAACUUUUUCUCUCAAUGAGUGAAGCUAAUGAUGCUAAAAUUGAAGAACUUACAUGUGUAGAUGAUGUGAUGAAAGGGCCGGGAGUCGUUGGAUUAAGCACAUCAGCUGGGAUACAUUUCUGUGUGGAACAUAGCUAAGUUACCUAGCAAUGAAGAUUAGCGUAGCAUAAUAGCGCUAACAUGUUGGUGACAUAUCGUGCGAGACAAGAGAUGAAGUUGUUCAUUGAGCGGUUUCACACAAAACUAAAUAUUGCUUUACUACAAAAUGCGACUUUCUUGACUUCCCAAAUUUAGAUUGACACUCAUCAUGUGUGUGUAAUUCAGGGCACAAUUCAUAUGGGACAAAAUAAAAUUGUUGUCCACGGAGCGGAAGCGAGGGAUUGCUCUCUAUAUAGCAAUUUAGUGUGUCCACCAGAGAGCACUGAGGAGCUUAUUUUUGAAUUGUAAAAUGUUCCAGUCAACACAUACGUUGGUCAGAGAAUAACUGCAAAUAUAUAUUGUUAGUGGAUAUUUUUUAAAACUCUAAUAUUGACUUGGUAUCAUCCAUUCAACAUCAGGUGUUGGUCAGGCUAAAUAACUUUUUCUUGUAUUUAACAGGGAAGACAUUGUAUUUAACAAAUAAGCUGAACAUUCUCAAAUGUCACAGUAUUUAUGUACAUUAACUGAAAUAAACCCCAAAUUAAUCACAGUAAAAGUAAAAUUAUGAUGCGGAUCAGACAAGAUCUGGUUAAAAAUAAGAAAACGACUUAUUAAUCGGACCAUUCAUUUUAAGUUUUAGUAGCACUUUACCUGUGCUAAAUUAAACUGGCCAUUCGAUAUUGUGAUGUGAUUGCUUACCCAAUCAGAGUCUUGUGGGCAUUGUUUCCCAAACUACGGUGUCAUCUGCAAAGAGUGAGACCUUUUUCUAGAGCUCAAAAGUUAUUCCAACAUUAACCAAUCAAAUAACACAGGAACAAAUCCAUAAUAUUUGACUGAUUCAUAUUAAGGUCCAUCAUUAAUCAAAAGCAGCACAUUUUUGUGACUGUUUUAAGACGGUAUUAUAGGAAGGUAGAAGUGUUCGGUUGGGGGAAAUGGAAGCACCAACAUGUUGCCACUAAAUAACUCAUUAAAUAACAAUAACUGACACCUGCAGGUGGAUUUUCCCUUUAAAAUUAACAGUUUUAAUCGUUUUGUCCUCUGAAAUGUUCUUUUCAGGGUUUCUGUCGUCCACAUCACUCCCUUCUUUUCAAACUCACCAAGAAUGUAAAUGUUUUGAAUUCAGUGUGUGACCAGCAAAAAGUGACUGAUGACAGCAGCCUCACAGAAUGGAUUGUUUUAAGGAUUUAAGAAAAUAUCCAAACUUACAUCAAACCUUGAUAUUGGAUUUGUAACAAUUUAAACAUUAAAAAAGUAAAUUAUGUUUCUGCAUCAAUUUACGUAAAAUACUCAAAUAUAGAACAUUGAAAACAGAAAGCUUGCUGUAGCCUACAACAGAGAGUAAUGUGCGUAGAAUAAUAAAGUCUUUGCUCUUAUUUUGAAGACAGCCUCAGACACACAGAGGUGUUUUAUACUUGUUUUUUGUUACAGCCAUUUAAUUUGCCAUGAAACUGCACGAUGUCGUCUCAGUUCAAGCUUCGACACGGAUCUGAAGGAACUGUUUUGUGGGUCUAUUGCCGCCGCACAUACUGCUGUCUGAAGUUCAUUCUGAAUACAUGUAGAUUCAGUGAAGUUUGGGAAUGACAGCUGGUUCUGGUGGUGUCCAAACUGUUUGAAAUAAAACAAACUGGUUUUGAAGAUGGAAUAAUCCAAA